GGAGCCCGGCCGCGGCCUGGGCCGGCAGGAUGCUGAACGUGCCGCCGCCGGCUUUCCCCGCGCCCAGCUCCCAGCAGCGGGCGGCAGCGGGCGGCCGCAGCAAGGUACCUUUAAAACCAGGAAGGAGUCUUAUGGAUUGGAUUAGAUUAACUAAAAGUGGGAAGGACUUGACUGGUCUGAAAGGGAGGCUGAUUGAAGUGACCGAAGAUGAGCUUGCUAAGCACAACAAAAGGGAGGACUGCUGGAUAUGUAUAAGAGGAUUUGUAUAUAAUGUCACACCAUACAUGGAAUAUCAUCCUGGUGGUGAGGAUGAACUAAUGAAAGCAGCAGGAACUGAUGGUACAGAUCUCUUUGAUCAGAGGCAUUUCUGGUUUCCUCUCUGCUUUAGCAUUCUGUGUCUGUUGGAUAUCGAUCUUUUAAAGAGUUUGGUACAUCGUUGGGUCAAUUAUGAAUCGAUGCUGAAGGAAUGUCUUGUUGGGAGAAUGGCUGUCAAGCCUAUUGCUGCUCCAAAAGAGAUUUCUUCUACUCUGUCUGAAGGGAAGAAGCAGCUCAAUGGUAUGCUUCCUGAGAAGAAAGUACUAGCUUCUUCCGCUAAAGACUUAACUCCAAGUUAUGAUUGGUUCCAAACAGAUAGUUUGAUCACCGUUGUCAUAUAUACUAAGCAGAAGGAUAUGAAUGAAGAGUUGGUGAUAGUUGACUGUCAAGAUAAACGAUUAAGGGGAGAGAUCAUCAUGGAUGACUACUCAUACCUUGUAGAAGUUGACUUGGAUCAUGCAGUUUCAGAAGAAGUGGCUGUAAAUAUUGCUGAAAAAAUAGGAAAAGUAGAAAUUAUCUUAAAGAAAAAGGAUAACAUUCAUUGGAAAAUGCUGGGACAGCCCUGGGGGUGUCAUAAUACAUUUGUCAAACGCACAGACAGAGAACUGUUCUACAGAAAAUGCAAGUUGGUUUCUAAGACAGAAGUUACCCAUGACACCAAGCUUUUCUGCUUUAUGUUGCCAAAGGGCACACAUCUCCGUAUUCCCACUGGACAACAUGUUUACCUCAAACAAAUUAUUACAGGGACAGAGGCAGUAAAACCAUACACACCUGUAUUGCCUUUUUUGCCAUUGGAUUUCCAAGAAACAUCUCAUCAUGAUGGUGUGCAUAUAUAUUUAAUGAUUAAAAUUUAUUCCUGUGGGCUGUUCACACAGGCACUUGACCACCUACAAAUUGGAGACUAUGUUUCUGUCAGCAAUCCUGAAGGCAACUUCAAGAAGUCACAAGUUCAAGCUUCAGAAGAUCUCAUUUUAUUGGCAGGAGGCACAGGCUUCACACCAAUGGUUAAACUGCUGAAUUUUGCUCUGACUGAAGUUAGUUGUCUCAGGACAGCGAAGCUGAUCUUCUUCAACAAAACAGAAGAUGACAUACUUUGGAGAAAUGAACUAGAGCAAUUAGCUCUUAAAGAUGAAAGGUUUGAGGUUCAGUUCAUUCUUUCACAACCGACAAAGGACUGGGUGGGUAAACAGGGGAAGAUUUCUUCAUCUCUUCUCUCUGAGUUUGUGAAAAGAAGCAGAAAAGACUCCAAAGUGCUUAUCUGCAUCUGUGGUCCAACACCUUUUACAGAACAAGGAGUACAAUAUCUGAAGAAUCUUGGAUACUCCCAAGAAGAGAUACAUGCUUUUACUGCAUAAACCCAUACGAGGAUAUCAAUGUUUGUUUGUAUAAUUCAGUGUUAUUUAUUUACCUUCAUGAAUUUAAAUAAGUGAGAAGCAAUUUUGUAAGACUUGAAAUUUCAUUCUUGGUACCAAACUGUUUCUCGGAAGAAUUAUACCUUUGAAAAAAAUUUAUACUGUGUUUUAUCUUCUUUUUGUAAAUAUUUUUGCAAUACUUAAGUCAUCCAGGGUAUUAAUUUAUUGUAGAGGCAAGCAAAAAAUUAUACUAUACAUUACAUAAGAUAUUUCAUGUUGUUGGUUUAUGAGAAUUCUUGAAUUUAUGAAAAGCGCUGAUUUAGGUUUUGACUUGAUAAAGCUUAUUAUUUCUUACUGUAAAAUGUCUUAAGAGCAAUACUGUCUGAAAUUAAAUAUUGCACUGUAACUCAGGUAACUGGUCAUUGAAAAGUGUUCUUUUUCAUCUGAUGUCUCUAUUUGACUUGCAAGUGAUCCAGAUACAUUUUUGGCUUUGUAAACAAAGAAUAAAAGUACCUUUGGUAAAAUAUAAAAUUUACAUCAAAUAAUAAAAAAAUAAUAAUUUUACAUUA